UUGAGUGGAUAACAUGACAUAUGUGUGUGUAUAGGGUAUAGGUAAAACCGAUUUCGGAUUCGGAGGCUGGGGUGAAAGUGGACGGUGAAUAGAAAAUAGUUAAUCAUUAUAAUAUAAAUACUUGGUAGUCAUAAUUAGUAGGUUUUUUAAUACCUUUUUGUACAUUUAUACUGUUAGUAAUUAAUAAUAAUAAUAAUAAUAGUAAGAUAAAGAAUAUUGUGUAAUUUAAACGAUAAAAAUUUUUACGCACAUCGUUGUAUCCAUAACAUAAUAUCCAUGACAUUGACUUUUUAAAAAUAAUUAUAAAAUACAAUCGCCAAAUAAUUAUAAAUUAUUUUUUUUUAAUAUUUUCUUUAAAUAAUUAUCCAAGUGUUAAUUUAUUUAUUUAAAUUUUUAGGCAUUUCAAUUUUUACAAUGGAAUCCCAAGGAGGACUUUAUCGUAACUCAGGCCCAGGAUUAUACGAAUUUCUUAUGGAGGCUGAGUUACAACAGUAUUACACAGGUAUUAAAGGAGAUCUAAAAGUCCAAUCAACUGCCCAACUAAAAUAUGUAACCGAAGAAGAUUUGACAGCCAUCGGAAUGAGCAAACCAGAAAUGCGUCGUUUAAAAAAAUAUUUUCAGAAACAUUUUCCCCAAAAUUAUUUAUCUAAAUUCAAAAAAAUGCUUUUGCCUAAACGUGAAGAGCCGCCUCCUGGAGCGAUAAAUGUAUUGUCCAUUGAAAAACAAGACAAGCCGCCAAUAAAAGUUCCAAAUAAACAUAUGAUACCAGCAGACGCCAUAAUCGUCAACAAAGAAUUGGGAAUCGGUGAAUUUGGUAUCGUACAACAAGGAGUAUGGAGUAAUGACGGAGAAAGAAUUCAAGUGGCUAUAAAAUGUCUAUCCCGUGAACGAAUGCAAAAUAAUCCAAUUGAAUUUUUAAAAGAAGCGGCAAUAAUGCAUGCAAUUGACCAUGAACAUAUUGUCAGAUUAUACGGAGUUGUAUUAGAUACCAAUUCCCUUAUGCUUGUUACGGAAUUAGCGCCAUUGAGAUCACUGUUGGAAUGUUUGAAACAGCCAAGUUUACGUGUUAGUUUUCCUGUAAUAUCACUCUGUGAUUUCGCAAUUCAAAUAGCCGAUGGUAUGCAAUAUCUCGAAGCCAAAAGACUGAUUCAUCGUGAUUUAGCGGCAAGAAAUAUUCUUGUAUUUUCGAAAAAUAAAGUCAAAAUAUCGGAUUUUGGAUUAUCCAGAGCUCUAGGCGUUGGUAAAGAUUACUAUCAAACAAAUUUUAAUGUAAAUUUAAAAUUACCCAUAGCCUGGUGUGCACCCGAAUGUAUAUCGUACCUCAAGUUCACGUCUUCCAGUGACGUUUGGGCUUACGGUGUAACACUUUGGGAAAUGUUUAGUUACGGAUUUCAACCGUGGGCUGCUCUGACAGGUCAUCAAAUUUUAGAAGCUAUUGACGAACCGAAUUUCCAACGUCUCGAGCAGCCAGACUGUUGUCCCAAAGAGUAUUACACACUAAUGCAACAAUGCUGGCAGCAUGAACCCGCAAAACGACCAAAAUUUUCUGAGCUCAUUGAACUAUUGCCGGAUUUAAAACCUGAACAGGUACAGGCUGUACAGGAUAACAGUGAAAUUGGCCAGUUGUCGUAUCGUCAAGGCGACGUCAUAACAGUACUAAAUAAAGGACUCAAUAAUUUACUGUGGAAAGGUGUCCUGAGUAAUGGAAAAACGGGAUUAUUUAGUCCGGCUCACACUAUUGCAUAUUUAGGAUCAAAUUUACCGAGCAAUAAACCCGGGGAAUUUUUACGAGGUGAUGGUAAAAAUGCAUUUUCAUCUCAUAGACGUAAAAUUCGUACUGAUAUGAUUUCAUCACCGCAAGGUGAUUUACGUCAUACUGGACAUGUUGGUUUAGAUGGAGCAUAUUUUGGUGAUAUAAGUUUUCUUGGUGGUAAGUAUCCUCAUUUACCGCGACAAAUAGUAACUCCUUAUAAACCACAUGAAGAUGCGGCUAAUAAUUCUAGUCAAAUUUUUUAUCAAGAAUCGCUAAAUCAUGAAAAUAGUAAUCGUGACAAUACAAAUGUUAAUAAUAAUAAACAUUCGUCUUAUGAUUCACAAACUAAAAAUGAUAAUAUGUGGUCUGAUGCAGCUUCGGGACUUACACAUGUGGACAUGAGUCAUAAGAAUGAUGAUCAAUCGAUUAUAUCAAUGAAUAUCGAUAAUUCUGGGAAUAAUGAUCAUGAGUAUCAUGAGAUAAGUGAUGAAGAGAACCAAGAUAGCGCGCUGAGGUUUGACAAGCCGCUGGAUUUUGACUUCGGUCCGAGUUUAUUGGAUGAAAUGGACCAGAUGUUUCGGUCACUAGGAACAUCAUCUCCUUCAUCACCGCCAGGACAUCCGACAUCUGCUGAACAGGAAUCGAGUAAUGUUAAGAAUGAACUUCGUGAAAUGCAAUCAAAGCAGAGUAAUAAAAAAAAACAAGCAACUGUUAAACCAAUAUCAGCGGCUGAUCAAAAAACACUUUACUCUGCAAUAGCGAUGGCACAAGAAUUAACUGCUCGUUCUAUGACAGAUCUUGAGUAUCCACCGGAGUCACCUGUGACGUCUGCGAGUCCAUCGAGGCGAAGAAAAUUUUCUUUCAAGUUACCACAUCAACACAGUCCUAAACCGGACAGACGACACUUUGCUGAAGAAGCUGCGAGUAUACCAGAUAUCCAGUGGUUAUGUUCAAGUUUGCAAUCAUUGUCAUCGACUGUUUCAAGUCUAGAAUCACUUGGAGCACCGUCGACUUUAAAAUUACCCUUGUGGGACAAAGCUUCAGCAGAAUUUUGUUUUGCUAAAUCCCGUGAACUUUUGACGAAAUCAAAUGCCUGGACGACAUACAUGGACAUGGCAUUUGACAACCACAUGUUAAACAAUAAAGCAAUGAAACAAAAUCUAGUAAAAUCAACAGAAUUUUUAGAAGCUAGUAACAGUAACAGUAAAUCUACUGGCAAUUACGGUAAUAUCGUGUCAGGUAAUUCGCGUAAUAAUUUAACCCAAGGUAUUAAUGGUAAAGCAUCGCGUUUAUCAAGUCCGAAUUUAAAUAUUACCAAAGACGCGCGUAGAAUAUCCGCCAGUUACAUCGAUCGUUACUUCGAACAAUCGAAAAACUACGAUACCGAUGACGCGUUAGAUUGUGCGACUGAUGCAUUUAAUUGUUACAAAGAAAAUGUAACAGACAAAGAUUUAAAAUCAAGCGGGAGUUUAACCGACAGUAAUGACGAAUUUUCAAAUAAUUUUUACAAGUACACGUUAAUCGACGAGCCUAAAUAUACAUUGACUGAUGAUCCUAAAUAUUUAAAUCAAAUAAUUAAUAAGCAAAAAUUCGAUGACAUUAGAAAUUUACGAAGAAAUUCAUAUAUCGCUGAGAGCUUAAACAAAAAUUCGUCAUCUAAUAGUAGUAUUUUAUCAAACAAAUAUCAAUCUGAUGAAAGAUUCAAAAAUUCAGUGCCUAAUAAACGUACUGUAGACUAUGAUAUAUUUGAUAAAUUUAGUAAAAAAAAUCUAAAUGGCGAUGAAAUUAAAAAUAUAAAAGUUGUCGCUGCUGGCACUUCUGCCGGUGGCUCUACUGCGGGUGCUAGUGCGUUAUCUAACCAGGAUGCAAAUAGUGCAGGUGGAUUACCAUCAAAUAGAAUGAGCAAUUUGAAACAAAUGGCUUCAAUAUCAGCGGAUAAUUCAAACGAUUUCGUUAACUCAGUUCGCGUUAAUUCCCAAAAUUACCAGAAAAAUGAAUUUAAAAAAAAAAGUUGUGAUUUACUGCCGUACUCAAUCCUACACAAUCCCCUUUUUAUUUCCGAGCCGAUAAAAAAAGAUAUCGAUAUCAGCAGCAGCAGUGGCUCGGAAAGUUUGAGAUUAAAUUUUGAACGAUUGAGAUUACAGUCGGAUAUUGAAACUAAAAAUCAAAUUCAAUUGAAUAGUAAAAUUUCAAUUGGGGAUAAUUAUCAGUGUGGAAUUUUUAACUCGAAAAAUGUUAAACAUUAUCCGGAUGAUAAGAAACGUUUAGAUGAUGGUAUUAAAUUGACGCAAAAUACAGUGACAGCGCAAUUUGAUAGUAAAAAUAUGGCGCGUAAUUCACGAAAUUUAGAAUUAAUGCCAAUAAUUAAGUCUGAUUUAAAUAGCGUCGAUGUACCGGCAAAUGAUAAAUUUUUUUUAUCCAAUGAAAAUGGAGUCGCGAUACGCGAUCCGACAAAUCGCGCUAAUAAUAUCGCGCAAAAAAAAUUAAAUGAACCAACGGCCACGGGAUUAGAAUUACAUUUGAAUACUGGGGUACGUAAUAAAAUGGGUAUUAAUUCUAAAACACAGCAACGAUUACUAGAAUUCCCUAGACGAUGUCGUAAUGAAUUAAUUAAUAGGAAUAAUAAAAUAUUAAAACAGUCUGGGUCAAUAGACAAUAAUAAAAUAGAUAUAGAUAAAAAUCCAUGUCGUCCGCGUACUUUUUCAUUGUCCGAUGCUGUAAAAAAUACAACAAGAAAAAGUAUACGAUCAUUUUAUUCGAGUAGUCAGUGCAGUGAUGAUUCAGAUUCGAUUUUUUACUCAGACACAGACAUACGGAGUCGAUUGAAAUUUCAGCGACGACGUAAAAAAGUAUCGGGAAAUUCUAAAAUUGGUUAUAAUAAAAAAAAUCGUGAAUCUAUUGGUGUAUAUCCUAAUGAUGCGACAUCUUACCCGAGUAUUCAAAAUUCGGAAAAAUCACCACUGCCUUCGACGAGUUUUUUAAAUUCUUUAUCCUCACAAUUUUCAUUGUGCAAUCAGACGGUAUCGUGGCCUGAAAGCGCACCGAGUUCUAGUCAAACUUUUACAAGUAAUUCGGAAUUGGACUCUGAUUCUAGUUCGGAAUAUUCAGAAUUUAUGAAUGACACAUGAAUUUAGAUUUUAAAUAAUUACUAUUGAUUACAACGAUGACGUAACGAUAUCCGCAAUGCUCUAAUUUUAAAAUGGCCUGUAAAAUAUUUUUUUUUUAAACGAAAAAUGUGAGAUUAGACGAGAUAAAAUUAAAGUAAUUUUGUAUUUAAAAUUAAUAUUUUUUUUCCAUUUAAGGUAAAAGCCCCUAUACUCGUUCACUUUUCAUAGGAGUGAGAUUAAAUCACUCAAUAUAAAUUAAUGAAUAAAAUGAAAAAUCAUAUUUUUUUUUUAUAGUUAUUUUUUGAAGUUUCGAGUAUUAGAAUGAAAUUUAAGUUUGAAGAAUAAUCUUGAUAAUUAAUUAUUAUUAAUUUUUUAAAUAAGCUCCUUGAGUGUACCCAUAGUCGCUCACUGAAAGUUGUGAUGUACCAUUACUCGAUCAGCACAUGGCCCUAUAGUCGCUCACAGACAAUAUCUAUUAAACUAUGAUAAGUUUAUUGAUUUGGAUAAAUAAUUUAUAAAUUAUACUACUUUAUUCUUUCAUAAUAUAAAUUUUCAUGAAUUUUAAAAAUGUAUUUAAUAAGAUAUAGUUAUAACAAUUCUUAACAAACUUGACGUAGCCUAAAUUUAAUCUAACGAAUGAACGUUAAAGUAAAAAAUGCCCGGCUGAGCGGGAUUUUGAAAACAGUCAUUUAAUUUAAAUUUAUAAUCUAUUAUAAAAUAAUUUGAUACAUCAUGUUUUAAUAUAUUUAGAUUCACAAAUAAUUAUUUAUCAAUAAUAAUAUUUUUAGUUGUAAUUUUUAUAAAAAUUAUAAAAAAACGCCUUAAACAGUUAAAGUGAGCGACUAAUGGUACUGAGCGGGUAUAGGGGCUUUUACCUUACUAUCCCUGGUUGAGAAGUCCGAUUCACUUCAAUACCCAGACAGCAUUCAAGUCGGAAUGACUGGUUUACUUGAAGGCGUCCUCAAGAAGUCUUAUAAUGACUUCUUAAAGGUGUCAUUUUUAAGAACUCUUCAUUGAGAGAUCUUGAAGACUCCACAAAUAAGAUGUCAGUUUUGUGACGACUAAAUGUAUUCUUUUUUAAACUUCUUUAUGAAGUCAAAAUUAGGAGCUCCUUAAGACGUCAUAGUAAAUUCAGACUGAAGUCUUAUUUGCGAAGUCAGAAAAAAGAACUCUUUUUAAAGACGUCUUACUGAGUUCGCUAGGUCGCUCAUUCGACAUCUUAAAGACUUCUUUAAGAUGUUGAUAAUACGGCCAAAUCAUAAAUAGGAACUCAUUCAGAACUCAUCAAGAUGUCAUUUUGCUAUCUGGGUAGGAUCUGAUUGGAAAUUUCCGAUUGAAUCCUAUUGGAGUGAAUCGGAAAUUUCCGAAAAAUAUAUUAUUUUCCGAUUGAAACCUAUUGAAUCCCAUUCAAAAUUUUUAUCGGAAUGAAUCGGUUCCAAUCGGAACAUAAUAUUUUUAUUUCGUUAUUAUUUUCCGAUUGGAACUGAUUUACUCUGAUUAAAAAUUUUGAAUGGAAUUCAAUCGGAAAAUAAUAUUUUUAUUUUUGUGCACUUUUUACGAUUAAAACCGAUUCAUUCCGAUUAUACUCAAUCGGAAUUCUUAACCAGGGAUGGAAUUUUCAAUUAUUAAUUUUAAAAUUAAUUGCACCUUGCCGCGCUUUCUCUUUAGAUAUUUCUUAUUAUUCACAAUAAUUUGGUUAAAAACAAAAAAGAAACUGAGUAAUAAUUUAAAAAAAUAAUCAAAAAAAAAAAAAAAAGAAAAGAAAUUUUUAAAAUUGACACAAAAAACCUUUCAAAAUUUGACAAAAUUUUCAAUAAUCUAAUACUUAAAUAGAGUUACGUAAAAGCAAAGUGGAUUUUUCGAUGCUUUGGUGAUCAGUGUUAUUAUAUGAGGCAUUUUUAUUAGUAUUAUUAUUUAUAUAUUUUUAGUUUGAAUCACAAUAGACAAUAAGAAGGAUAAAUAAUAAGUUUAAUAGGUGUACUAAGAGAAAGUGAAGCAUCGGAUCGAUCUUCACUGGCUAUAAACCCCUCAAGUACUAUCAAGUACUGCGUGCGAAUGGAACGGAAACUGUAUUGAAUGUACAUACGGUGAUCAUGUAUUAAAGGUCGGUGCGGUUUAUCGACCCCGGCUAUUCAUACUAGACCAACAACCGUAAGAAAAUAGAAUCAAAUUAACAAUUAUACUUUCGAAUGUUAAUUUUUAAUUUAUUUUUAUUGUUAACUUUAUUUUUUUUUAAUGAUGACGAAAAUAUUUUACUAUUUCCCGGGUAAAAAAGAAAUUUAUUACAAAAAUAUUUAUGAUGAUGAACUUUCAAAUUUUGGACAAUUUUGAACUUGAAGAUUUUAAAAAUAAAAUAAUUUAUGAUUUUGUUAUUUUAUGCAUAUGUUUGAUUCUUAGUUGAGCUUCUAAAAGUUCAGAUCGAAGAAAAAAAAAGUCUCAAAGAUUCAAAAUUUUUUUUUGAAGAAAAAAAUUAGAAAAUUAAAUGAUCCUGAAGUUAGCAGACAAUUAAAAAUUUUUGAAUUUUUUUUUCAACACUUGAAUUAAAAAAAAAAUAUGAACAUGUAGAAAAUUAAAAAAUCUAUGAGUGCAAUUUUUUGAUAUAUUUUUUUUUUGAUUUAUCGUUUUUAAAAAAAUCCAAAAAUUAUUAGACGUUGGCUGACUUCAGUAACUCAAAAUUAUGAUCUUGAAAUUAGCAGACAAUUACAAAUUUUAGAGUUUUUGUUUCAACACUUAAAUUAAAAAAAAAAAUAUGAACAUGUAGAAAAUUAAAAAAACUAUAGGUGCAGUUUUUUAAAAUAUUUUUUUUUUUUUCAUUUAUCGUUUUUAAAAAAAUCCAAAAAUUAUUAGACGUUGGCUAACUUCAGUAACUCAAAAUUAUGAUCUUGAAAUUAGCAGACAAUUAAAAAUUUUUUGAUUUUUCUUUCAAAAAAUUAACAAUUAACCCUUCGCGAAUAAGUUUACAAAUAAUUUACGUAAGAGCACAUGUGCACAAGUUAAUGAAAUAAAUAAUUAUUUUUAUGUUUAAAUUCCAAAAAAUUUUGAAUCGGCUUAAAAUUUAAAGUUCAAUCUAGAUGAAGAUUAUUGGAACAAAUUUUUUUAUACGCGGGUAACUUACUUAUUCAUUCACAUGUGAAUGCUUUCGUAUGUAAUAUAUUAAUUUCUAAUAAGUAAAUUUCUUUAUAAUUAUUUAAACUAUUAAAAAUAAUAUUUUAAUAUUUAUUAAUUUAUUAUUAAAUUGAAUAAACUCGUAGUAAGACUAGAUUAGUGGGUUUUAUAAAAUAACAAUCACUAAAAUUAGAAUAGGUUUAAAAAUAGAUUCAAAAAAACGAAAAAAAAAUAAUUUAAAUUUUGUUUGUCUGUUGGAGCCGGUUUUUCGAGACGAUAUAUAUUUAAACACAAUUACCAUACAUAUACAUAUAUAUGUGACCAUGUUUUACAUAUAUUUAUAUACGCUUAGAAUGAUAUUAUGCUUGUACUAUAUCAUCGAUAGUAAUCUGAUUAUCAUGUUAUUGUGAAAUUUUUUAUACAAUUUACAACUUUUUUACAAUUUAAAAGUUGAGGAACAAAUGGGCAUAAUUGUAAUUUUGUAAAAAUUUUAUAAGAAUGAGACAAUUUUAAAUUGAGUUGCAUGGACCAUUUAUAUGAUAUAUUUUUUAUUUUUAUACGAAAAAAUUUUUAUACAUAACUAUUAUAAUUUUUAUAAUUAAAAAUAUAUAUAUUUAUUUUUAUUAUCAUCAAUUAUUGAUUGAUUGAUUGGGAAUUAUUUAUUGCAUUGAAUUAUGCCCUUUUGUUUUUUUUUAUUGCUCAUAAUUUGUAUGCUCAUUAUAUAUAAAUAUAAAAGAUAUU